AUGCCAAAGAAGAACGCACUUGUCGGUGCCAGCAAGGGCCCAUAUGCUAAACCUGUCCAAGUCCAUAACAUAUCUGAGAAGAGCGGUAGGAAGAAAACAGUGGACGAAGACGAUAAAGAAUCAUCAUUAUCCCCACUUCUGUCUGGUCCGUCGAGAAACGGGGUGGCAGAGCGGCAGCGGAGGAACAAGAUGAACCAGCAGUUCUACGCACUCCGCCCUGUUGUCCCCACCAUAUCAAGAAUGCACAAGGCGUCCCUUCUCGCCGAUGCCAUGGACUACAUCAAGGAACUCCAGUCCCGGAUUGCCGCAUUGGAGUCCAAGCUUGUUAAGUCCGAGCUGUCAUCACCGAAGCGCCUCAAAAGUAAUAGGACUGUUGCCUCCUUCAGCGACGUGAGUAAGAUAACAUCGCUGUCAAGCAAGAAUAGCUCGACGACUUUGGCUGUCCCGGGCUGGAGAGAGAUGGUGGUGGACGUGAAGAUGGUGAGGCAGGAGGCGGUGAUCCGGGUGUGGAGCCCGAAUCUGGACCAUCCCUGCGCGAGGUUGAUGGACAUGCUCAAGGAAUUGGAGUUUAAGGUCCAGGACGCGAACAUGUCGUGCAUGAAGGGAUGA